AUGGCGGAAGAAACAAUGGCGGGAAUUGCAUUAAAUUUCAACUCCGAAAUGCGUCCAUUCAAUGACGCUUUUACAGACGGGAAAUUGCCAUGUCCGCACAGAUCUUGUAGAAGUGAGACUGGAAAAGCAUUUUUUCAAGAUUUAGCCCAACAUUAUAGGAUAAAACACCGAGAAUUAGCGUUCAACAAGGAGAAGCACACUCAAGAAGCGCGUCGAUUGUUUAACCUGUUUCAUGGCAAUGAAACGAAACAGUACUUGGCAAGGGUUUUCUCUAAACGCUCUCUUCAGGUAAAUAUUUUUGGAUUCAACCUUAUUAUAAUUGUCGGCGUGGGCGAUCACACGGUUCGCUUAAGAAAUGAAUAUUUUAUGAGUUUAUAUCAUUAUAAAUCGGAGUGGGUCAAAUUUUGUAGGUAUCGAAAGGCUGUGAAGAUUUUUAAUCUCAGAGACCCAAAUAAACAUGCCAAUUCUGUCAAACUAAUAAGCAUUUCUACUAACCAUUGCUCCGUAACGGCAAAGGAAGAUGUCGUGACCAGCGAACCGGUAUAGUGUAAACAGGGCCUGAAAUACAAUAUUUUUUUACUUAUUUUACUGUUUUACAUUUAACUGUAGAGAGACAAGUAUAUUCGUUAUACUGUCACAACAAAGUACGAAGCUUGCCUUGUGUUUGAAGUGAUGGCCAAAGAUACAAAAGAAGCCGCAAAGUUAGCUGGAGUCGUUCUUAUGCACUUUGGCCAACUAAAAUCUUAUGGAGAAGGAACAAAACCAUCCAUUGUGGAAGUAUUAUCACAAGAUUUGCACGUCAAGUUCAACCUCUGGACGUCAAAAAAAACAUUGGUGAAAGGAAUUUAACAAUUAUAGUUGCAGAAGCUAUUUUUGUUAGAAAGGUAUUAAGUAUAAUUUAUACACACUGACAUUUAUAACAUUAUUUUGGCAGAUGAUAAAUAUCCAGGAUAUCACUGUUUGUCUUGACUAGCCUUGUUAAUAUUUGCAGACAUUUUCCAAUAAAGUUGUUUUCUUUAAUUAAAAAUGAGUUAUGUUCUGUUAUAGGACUUUGAAAUUUCACUUACCAUAAUUAUAAUAUCUGUAAAGGCCAAUCAGAAUAAAAAAGAGAACCGUUCCACAAGAACCACCGAAAACAAACACAGGUCAACAACCCCUUUUAGAUGGAAAAAUUUAUUAAUUAAGCCCACACAUUUUAAUUUAUCCCAUUAAGCUUCAGACCUUCCUGACUGAUAAGUAAAAUCAUCUGGUGUUAGGCAAGUAAGAAAAAAUAAGUAGGGCGCACUGGGGCACAUUGCAGUUCAACGGGUUAACUAGAGACUUUGUCAGAUUUUUUGGUUAAUUAAGUCUCAUUAAACCGCAAAGCUUCCCCAUUCACAAGUAAAAUCGUCUGGCAUUAGACAAGUAAAAAAAAUACAAGUAGGGCGCACUGGGGCUCAUCGGAUUGAUUUAUUGAUUUUCUUUACAUGAACAUAUUUUUUUAUUUCUAUAUACCUGGGGAAGAGUCAGUUUCUAUACUCUAAGUGCAUUAUUUUCAGGUAAAAUGUACUUAUUGAUGUACAAUUUAAAUUUGUUUUUUAGAAUCUUUCACUGGAUUUGACAGGGGAUAAUAUAAUGCCAAUCAACCAGCAUGAUAUCAAUAUUGAUGACAUGACAGGCAAAAAAUCUGUUGAUAUUCUAAGAAGUGUCUUUCAUUAUGACGUCUUUCGAGGAAAACAAGAGGAGGCAAUUGAUAGCAUAUGUCAAGGGCAAAAUACAUUGCUUAUUAUGCCAACUGGUGGUGGAAAAUCACUAUGUUAUGCAGUUCCAGCUUUGAUGGAACAGAAGCUUGUUGUUGUUGUUUUUCCACUGCUAGCUCUACUGUUUGACCAAUUUGAAAGGAUGAAAUCAAAAGGACUUAAUGUUGGUUUCCUAAUGAAAGACAUGGAUGAAAUGGACAGACAGAGUGUCAUACACAAGCUCCAUUCCAACCCACCAGAAUAUAACUUGCUUUUCCUUACCCCUGAGACUGUGUUAUCGCCAUCAGUAUUUGACUUGUUAUCGAAACUUUCAUCCUAG